CUCCGACACUCUUCAACUCACGACAAGUAGAUUCAAGGGUCCACUCACACGGGUGUUUUCUCCAAAAUGCCCUUAUUCAAUCGUACUCAGGAGUCCUCCACACGGACAAAUAGGAUCAUAGGACAGUAGGACACUUUUGUAGAGAGGACACACGGACUGGUGGACUAUGGAGGACGAGAGAAUGAACAGGGCACCAGGAUCAAGGAAGCAGCUCUCAUUGCGAUGUCUGUCGUGCAGAGAAGAGUACUGCUCAACCGACGCAGGCACCUGCAAAGAGUGCUACGAAGAAGCCAGCGAAACGGAAGAAGAGCUCAAGAGUGAGAUUGAAGAUCUCAAGGCUAAAGUUGCUUUCCUUCGCUUAGGCUCUUCUCCUCUCGACUCCCACAAACGAUCUUCCUCCAUUGGCUUCUCUGACGUUGUUUUGGUCGCCUCUGAUGAGUUUCACUCCAACCCAGUUUCUCUCCUUGCUCAUAAAGCUGUUUUGGCAAGUCGGUCCCCAGUGUUCAAAGCCAUGCUAGAGAUUGAAAUGGAGGAGAGCCGUAGUGGCACCAUCAGUAUCAGUGAUGUGUCCUAUGAUGCCCUGCGAGCUUUUGUCAACUAUUUGUACACUGCAGAAGCAUGUCUUGAUGAGCAAUUAGCAUGUGAUCUCUUGGUUCUAGCUGAGAAAUAUGAAGUAAAACAUUUGAAGAUGUACUGCGAGAAGUUCUUAGUGUCCAAACUGAAUGGGGACAAUUCAGUUGCAAGCUACAGUUUUGCACAUCAGUAUAAUGCUAAUCACUUGCUUCAGUCUGCUUUGUCCAUGAUCAUUGAGGACAUGGACAACUUGACCAAAUCAGAGGAAUAUACUCAUCUUGUUGAGAAGGAUCCAAGGCUUGUGGUGGAAAUAUACGAGGCUUACCUAUCGAAACAAACUAACACUGCUGCUAGAAGCGAUUGAUCAUGUUUAGUUGAUUACUGACUUGUUGGCGAUGUGGAUAUGUAUUAAUUGUGUAUGUAAUUUGUGUAGGGAAGUUUGGAUUAUGAUUAGGCAGUGCACAUAAGGGUAUGAAGCAGUAGGAUCAGUAUCCUGCUUUCCAUAAUGACAGACUCAAUUUGUGAGUAUCAUUGGCAAAUUUUUGAGAUCAUGUAUGAAUCUCCUUUCACCCUUUCUUGAUAGUUGAUCACAUUUUGUUAGUCUUUCUUAAGGAACCAAAUUUUAAAAAAUUUCAUUCACUUAUUAAUAAUUUACAUUUCCACCAA